CAAAUUUUUUUGUGUCUCGCUCUCCAGUCGGCGGUUUGGCAUUUGCGAUCACAAUAAUUCACCUUUUUGCACCUGGAACACCUCUCCAGUUCCCUCCCAAUAUCAGAACAAUGCUUGGCACACAAAUGUCGGUCGCAUAUAGGAGGAUCCCGAGCUUUUGCAACGACUGCCGGGUCUCUGGCGAAAGCAUCCCAUUCUCUCGCAUGCUUACUACACUGUUCAAUGACAAGACGACCGUCGCCUUUGUUCAGCUUGUUCUCCCUGGCGUAUUCAAAGAACCGCUCCCACUGCUCCAGUACUGGUACGAUCACCUCUUGAUGGAUGGCUGCCUUCUGCCGAGCCCAGAGUUGAAUUUGAGUCAAUACCUCGGCAAUGAGUCUCCAAUCUCUCACAUCGUCUCGAAUACCGAUCUCGGCGAUAUGAACAGUGUAUUGCGCCAACCACUCCACAAGUCCUGCCUUUAUGAUUGGGGAUGCAUAGCGCGGAGGACAAGGGGCUGCCGGCCUCAGAAGCACGGUAAUCACGAACGCAGGCGCAAUGUGGCGAAUAUCCUUCGCCGAGUUGAGUUCUUUGACGUCAAGGGUCUGUAUGUAUCGCAAGAACUCGGGAACGUGAUCACCAGUAUCACCAGAAAGCAAGUGCUUCGAGAAUUCUUGCGUGUCAUCCAGCAUCGCAGCCAUCACGAGCAAAGCCAUCUCAUCCUGAAGCAACAUAUCGCGCCGUUGGGGAGAUGCCUUGGUUCGGAUGUCUUUGAUGAAGUCCCGAUGAGCCUCUAGGAAUAGCGCACUCUUCACUUUGUCAGUGACAUCUCCGACGCUGUGGUACUCGUCCUGAAGCGCAUUCAUCCCUUGAGAAAGGAGACGGAUGGCGGGCCCGUACGCAUCAAUGCUUCUGUAAGCAACCAUUCUGCACUCCAUCCCCCAAACGAUCAUGGCCAGUUUGGUGAUUCGAAGCCACUCCUGAGGUUUCCAAUCGACUUGUCCUAGUCCGAUUAGAUGGUGAAAUAUGUCAAGACAGUAAAUCAGAUGGAACGCGAUCGGCUCCAUAUCAAUGAAAUGCAUCCCCUCACACUUCUCUAACAUUCGGAGCAAUGUGGAUAAGGGCUGCUUGAACUUUGGCAAGUCAUUGUCUACUUCUGCCUCGCUGAACGGAUGGGGAGAUGCUAUGCAGCGAAGAUAGGUCAUAAGCGCGUAGAAGGGAAAUAA